GUUGAAAUUCGCCAGCAGCCACGAAACAACGAGCACUUAACUCGAAAAUCUGCAUUCAACAAUUGCUGAAAUAUUCAAAUCGUGCGGUGAGAAAAUCGAAACCUAUUGACCAAAAUGAGGAAGCAUUGCAUCAAUUGCAUUUGGAUGUUUUUGCUGCUGGAGCUGAUUUUGAUCAGAGCCGAACAGCAGGCAGAGGAUCACAGAAUUCAGCGACGUUUUAUGUGGCAAGAGAUGAAUAACUCCGUAAUGGGUGGCGUGUUGGGACGAAUGUUCAACGGAGCCCGGGCAAUGAAGUCGAUGCUCACGGAUCUCAUGCCGAGCACGGCGGGACAUGGCCAAAAAAUCAACAUGGAUUUACUGCCGACAGAAAUGACGCGAGUGAAGUACAUUAUACGCAAUCCACAAACUAACAAGCCAAUGAAGAUCAUCAAGAUGCGGCCGUCGCCGAAGAAGGUGAUCAAACUGAGGAGACCCAUACCCAAGCCCACUAUCACUGAGUCCUCGGUGAUGAUCUCCCACGGAAUCCACAAAGAUCAUCGCAUGAGACAGUUGGAAAAGGAGCAAGAACUCAUAGCUGAAGGCAAGGCUCCGAUGACCAGCGAUGAGGCAAUAAUGGAAAAGUACUUUAAGAAGCGUCCACGAGGCGGUUCCUCCAAUGAGGUCAUCUCUGGCAAGAUUAUGGAGUACCAGAGCUGGAAGCCCGUCUACAAAGCAGGAGAAACGCCAUCAUCUUUCGUGACUUUAAGACCACAACCCCUGACCCAUUUGCACACGGAUAUAUCCAGUGGAGAUCAUGAGAUGUUGCCAAAGCCCGAGAAACUGGUGAGCUACGAGUAUGAACGGGAUGAAGAUGACGUGGCGGAGAACGAAGUGGCCAAGCAAACGGGUCAUCGUUACGAGGUCACCGAGCAUACGGGAGAAGCUAGUGGCGAGGUGGAAACGGUCGAGACAGUGGCCUCCAUGGAGAGCGGUUUUGUGCCCAGUCAGGGAAUGACUUUCAGGUCACCACCACCAGCACAGCAUGCGCCGAGGCCCAGACAACGAACGCCGUCCAGUACCACAACUACCAGCACAACCACAACAGAGGCACCCAACUAUCCCGCCUCGUUCCUAAAGAAAUACCGUGAACGAGAGGCCACCACCACGCGCAGACCACGGAAACACCACAACAAGGAGGUCUAUCUGAUCCGCGAGGGCGAGGACAGCUCGGAGGGCAGCACCACACCGCCAACCUUUGCGAUGAGCAGUUUGAGGGCUCGCCUCCAGGAUCAGCAGCGCCAUCAGAAACAUCAGCACAAGCAGCAGCUGGAGGAGGAGGAGCUGGAGGCCGCCCUCGUGGAUGCCAUGCAUGGCGAGAAGUGGCCAGCGGAGGUGGCCCACAGCAGUUUCCAGCUGGCCAGUCCGAUUGGACCCAGUGCGGUGGCAUUCGAGCAACCUCUGGCCAAGGCGCCAAGGGGCCAAUACAAGCGCCAGACGCGCGACAAUAUCCGGCAACGUGGAUCAAUCAAGUUUGCCGACAAACCCAACUACGAUGAAGCCUGAGGAAGCGGGCAAAGUCACCAGUUAGCAACCAAAGAGCCAAAGGCUGCAGUUGAGCUACAUGAAUUUUAAAUAAAUUCAGUAGUUUUUUGUGCAACAUACGGUGACAUGUGUACGAAGAAACUUAUCCCUCUACAAUGAAUGACCCUUUUGGCUUUAAUUUAAUUUAUGUCGAAGCGAACAUUUUAUUUUAUUUAGUACAAAUAUGUACAAGUCAAAAUUGUAACAAGUUCUAUUUAAAACACAAUUUGUUACAAGUUUACAAAAUAAACUAGGAAAACUUUAUUUAA